AAAACAUUAUCAUAGUCUUUAGUGGACAACACUGCACGUAGCUCAUAAAAUUCAGUGUUAUAUUCAAACUUCUCUUCAUACCCGCGCACUAACACAAUCAUCUACUAUUCAUUUUUAUAUUCAUUGUUCUUGUCCCUACCUAGUUUUUCUAACUAUGUGACCGUUUUCACAAAAAGUUAGAGAGAGAAAAUAACAAAAAACCAAACAUAUCAGUGUUUUUCACACAGACUUGAAGAAUCUCAAACAUAGUAUCCCUUCAUAUUCGAGGAAGAGUGUUUGGCUUUAGCAUGCAACUUGGCUCCUUGUAAAAAAGGAAGGAGCGUUUAAGAAAGAGAGAAGAAUAAUAACAUUAACAAAAUCAUGCAAGAUAUGAAGAAGCUGCAGAAUCAGAAGCAGAAGCAGCUUGUGAAUGAAGAAUCUAAGAAGAAGGAGCGUCACAUUGUCACGUGGACUCAAGAGGAGGAUGAUAUAUUGAGAGAUCAAAUUGGAAUCCAUGGAACUGAAAAUUGGGCGAUAAUUGCUUCUAAGUUCAAGGAUAAAACAACAAGACAGUGCAGAAGAAGAUGGUACACUUAUUUGAAUUCUGAUUUCAAGAAAGGAGGUUGGUCACCAGAUGAAGAUAUGCUCUUAUGUGAGGCACAAAAAAUAUUUGGCAAUAGGUGGACAGAAAUAGCAAAGGUGGUUUCAGGAAGAACGGAUAACGCUGUGAAAAACCGUUUCUCCACAUUGUGCAAAAAGAGAGCUAAAUAUGAGGCCUUAGCAAAAGAGAACAACAUUUCGUACACGAAUUCAAAUAACAAAAGAGUUAUUUUCCGAGAUGCAGCAUCAGAUUCUGCAGUAGAUUACAAGAAAAUGAGGAGGUCACAUAUCCCUGAUGAUGCGGAAAAGAUCAACUUCGCAGAUAGAUCACAUAAACAAAACGAAACUUCAAGAGCACCAUUGGCAGUUUUAGCUCAAAACUCUCAUAAUAUCAACAACUUGCCUGAUCAGAAUGAUGUCUGCAAUGUGAAGUUCGGUGGCUUCGCUCCAAACAACAAGAUUCAAGGAACAUUCCUUAAAAAGGAUGAUCCAAAGAUAAACGCGUUAAUGCAACAAGCCGAGCUUCUAACAUCAUUAGCUCUAAAAGUUGAUGCGGAGAACAUGGACCAAAGUCUUGAAAAUGCAUGGAAGAUUCUUCAAGAGUUUAUGAACAGAAACAAAGAGUCAGAUAUUCCUGGAUACAAGAUUCCCGAUUUACAGCUCGUAGAUCUUAAAGACUUAUUGGAAGACUUAAAGAAUAGUAAUGAGGAAAUUCAACCAUGUUGGAGGUACAUGGAAUUAUAUGAAGACUCUCCAAGCAGUUCUGAAGGAUCAACUAUUCUGCCUCAUUCUGCUGCUGAGAAUUUGGAACACUCACUACAUCAAGAUAAUGGAACUGAACUGAACUCAAUGCAAAUUGGAGAUCAAAAGGGAGAUGGAGGAUGUGAUCAAGUAGUUCUUUCUAGCGCAACUAUGAAUCAAGAUAUAUUCACAUCUUGUGAGGAACAGAUAAACAAUAAUGGCAUUGGCAUUGUUUCAUCCCUAUCAACUGCAGAGUUUAGUUCCCCUCUUCAAGUUACACCUAUGUUCAGAUCCUUAACUGCAGCAAUUCCAAGUCCACAAUUUUCAGAAAGUGAAAGGAACUUCCUUAUGAAAACACUUGGAAUGGAUUCUCCAUCCCUCAACCCAAUCGUGAACCCCUCGCAACCGCCACUCUGCAAACGAGCCCUCCUACAAAGUUAAUAAUCUAAAAAAAAAAUCAUUUGUCUUUUCUCUUUUCUAAAUCCUUCGUUUUUCCUCACCUGCGACCAUCUCGCAUGCUAGUCCUUCUCAUCCUGGUUUGAGAAAGAUUGCAAAUUUUGUUCAGCCUAAAAUUUUGACAGGCUCAUCUUUUUCCCUUAGAAUGUUAGGUACAUUCCGAGGACUUUCAACAUAUUUAACAGUGUCUUUUUCCUCCCCGUAGAUACUUGCACCGAAAAUUAGUGUGCUUUAGUGUGUCAUUCUUUAGUUUGUUUUCUUCUUUGACAUCUUUCUGGGUUUGUUUUUCUCCAAUCCAGCAUUUGGUCUUGGUUUGUAUUUUUUGUUUUGUACAGAGCCUGCUGCAUGAUACUAGUUAUCAUCUUGAGUGUUUGUAUACAUUGGCAAUUCGCCAAUCCUACUACAUAUAAUGAACAGAGAGACAUAGAUAGAAGAAGAAAAAGAGUGUAAAAAAAUUAGCCAGUGGCAAAUAUGAUUCCUAUUUGUUGUUUUUGGGUGUGCAUAGGUUAGGUUAUAGAAUAAAUAAUGCUUUUCCUUUUUUGAUUCAGAUGUACUGAAACAUAUUUAUAAUUUGAGUGGAAAUGCAUUUUGGCUUUGGUGUGCAAAAUGCAGAUGUUGUUUCUCUUA